AUGAAGGUGAAGGGGAGAGGAAAAGUGGGGCGUGGGAAGAAUUCAUGCGGGCCGGAUAUUCCUCGAUCACAGAAUCCUCCGCGCCUUCACCUCCGUUCCCGACAUACCUCGACGAACCUCCGUCCCCUCCUUAUUCUGCCCAGCAUGCCGGCCAUGGCUUUCCGCGGUGUCGUGACUAAGUCCGGUGUCAUGAACAAGACGGCGACGGUUACCGUGUCGCGCUGGGUCCGACACCAACUUACGGGCAAGAUGGUAGUCAAGAAGAAGAAGCUGUUGACGCACGAUGAGAACAAUGUUCUCCAGAAGGACGACGAAGUUAUCAUCCGCAACUGUCGCCCACUCUCGGCACGAAAGCGCUUCACGCUCGAGAAGGUCGUCAAGAGCCCAGAGACGGAGUCGAAGAUACGACGAGCGCUACUCGAGCAGCAAGCAGCUCAGCAGCAGGCAGCACUACAGCAGGCGCAGCAGUCGACUGCCCAGGCAUCAGCAUAGCCGUGGGUUGGAUUGGUCCAUUCAUCCUGGGCGUUGAUGCAGAAGGAUAGCAUGUACCCUUAGACACUUUCCAUCGUAAUUACACACAUCCAUGCUCUCCUCUCGCGCGCGGAGUUGAAGCUCAUUUGGAAAGCCUUCUCUCUCCUUGACCCACAAUCGAGACAGUACAAGCAAAACACCAGGCG